UGUCUGCAGACAGAACAUGGCUGACCUGUCAGAAGACCAAUGAGGGAAAGGCCAAAUUUUGCAUAAUCGAUCUUAUUUUUUUCCCUCGUUUCUGACCGCAGUUGUCCGUCUUGGGCAGCGUUUGACCCGAGAUACUCAAGAUGAGUGCUUUGCCAGAUGGAAUGGCAAAUGGCCCAAGCAGGAGUGAGGCUUUUAGCAAAGAUGCUCAGGUUUGGGAGAGACCGUGGAGUUUGGAGGAGAUACGACAACACAGCGCCAACUGGUCCUUAGCUGCUGACUCGGGGCUCUUCCUCUUCCUGCAAGACUUCUCUCACAGAAUGUUGUCAAAGACACAUGAGAUUGAAAAGCAGUUGGAUGGGCUCAUCCGGGACACCAAGGCCACCGACAGCCACCUGCACUCUGUCUUCAAUGAUUUUUUAAUGCUAUCUAAUACACAAUUCAUAGAAAACAGAGUGUAUGAUGAAGAGGUGGAGGAGACGAUCCCCAAAGCCGAUGCUCCGGAGAAGCAGCCUGAUCAGGAGAAGACACGAGAGCAGAAAGAGGCAGAGUUGAUUCCUAAGAUGCAGGAAGCCAUCAGUUACGGCCUAAAAGUACUGGAGUCAGCCUUUGAGCAUCUGGAUAUCAAAGCAGGGAACUCUGAGUCUGAGGACGAGGAAAUCCCAGACAAAGUGGAGUCCAUCCUGGAACCCAAGGAUCUCUACGCAGACAGGCCGCUGCCAUAUCUGAUUGGCUCCAGAGCCUUCAUGGAGCAAGACGAUGUGGGACUCGGUGACCUGUCGAGUGAUGAAAUGUCAGUCGAAAGCGACAGGGACAGUGUCAUUGACAGUGAAGAAGACCAAGAUGAACUUCACUCUGAUGAUGACUUUUCCCAGGAGGAACAGGAAACUCACAACAACAUUCAAAAGAAGAAGUCAUCUAUGAUUAGUUUUGAAGAAGAUGAAGAAGAGGAGGACGAGGAUUCAGACUUAUUUGAAAAAUCUGAUGAAGAUGAAGAUGUUUCCAAGAACACCCGCUCCUCAUCAUUUGCUGAGGAGUUAGCCGCCCGAAUCAAAGGGGAACAAGUUUCGAGGCAGGAUGGAGAUCGUGCAUCAUUAGCAUCUAAGAGGAAGAGUAAAAGCAGAAAAGAGCCAAAGCCCACAAAGCCAGAGGCUGAGGACGACAGUGAUGAUAUGUUUAAGCCUCCUAAGAUGGAUGAUCAUUAUGAUGAUGAAGAUGAUGACGAGUUCUCUCCAUUUGGAGGAAAAAGUGGCCUCUUCAGUGGAGGAAAGGGUCUCUUUGACGAUGAUGAUGAGGGUGAUCUUUUCUCUGAGGCACCAAAACCUGCUUUGGAAGAUAAACCAGUAAUAAAUAAAGACACAAAAAGCAAAGCUCCAACUCCAGAUAAGAAGAUUCCGGCUGGUGCGGUAUCAAUAUUUCCAGAUAACAGCCUGUUUGGUUCAGGACAAAACAACGACUCAGAGGAGAGAAAAGAGAACGGGACCCCAGCUGCCGGCACCAAAGCAUCUCCCAAACAAACUCCUGCACGGCCCAGUGCUGCGGGAAUCGGGGGACUGUUUGAUGAUGAGGAUGAAGAUGAUUUCUUUAGUGGCAAAACCCUGAAACAGUCCGACUCUGCUACACAGAAAAACCUUAAACCUAAAAGUUCAAUUGACCUUUUUGAUGAGGAUGAGGAUGAGGACAUUUUUAGUGGGAAGUUCAAAGCAGCGACUCCAACGCAAAGCAAGAGGGAGGAGGAGGCAAAGGAUUAUCCUGCAGAGAAAAAGAUGCCAGCUGGGGCUAAAUCCAUGUUUGGGCCUGCAACUAAAAGCCUGCUAAGUGAAGGCUUGAAAAAACGGCAGCAAUCCACCAGCGAGGGCUCUGAGAAAUCAGAAGAGAUUGCUGCUGCUGAUGUUGGAAAAGUUCCAGUAAAGCCAGCCGAAAAUCCUCAGCAUACGACCCUGUUCUCUGAUGAUGAAGAUUCUCAGUUAUUUCCAGGUAUCACCAAGAGCCAGUCUAAGCCUGAACCUACACAUGUGGCUAAAACCAGCAAGCCCCCGCUGUCAUUAUUUUACGAUGAGGAAGAAGAGGAUCUGUUUGCAUCUGCCUCCAGUUCGAAAGGCAAACCUUCCCAAGCUAAAGCCUCGGUACCACAUCCCACCAAAGCUACAUCCAGCUCCCUUUUUAGUGAUGAUGAGGAUCAGUGGAUGAAUUCAAACAGUAGCACAUCAAAGGCAGACAGUAAACCAGGAGGAAUAAAAACCAGCACCAGUGCCCCAUCUAAUCUCCCAAGCUCUAAAGUAUCUCCAAAUAGCAGUCUGUUUGACGACAAGGAUGAUGACGAUCUGUUUGCCCAGACAAAGACAUCAAGUCAAAAGAAGUCACAGAGGGUAUCGCUCCUGUUUGAAGAUGAAGGUGAUGAUGAUGAAGGAAAAGACCCUUUGUUUGGCAAUAAACCUGCAAACACUGGACCCCCACCUAAAAUACCUGCAGCCACGUCACAGUCCCUAAAGUCAGAGGAGGUUUCAGUGUUUGAGACCCCUGCAAAAAACAAACCUGAAGUUCAGCCGAAACCGGCUGAAAAGAAACCCGAACCACUGCCAACUGUGCCAUCACAAGAGAGCAAUGAAAUCCGAAAGAAGCCUGCUGGAGCAGUCAGUCUCUUUGGUGGCAUCGACGUUCUCGGCAACAAGCAGACAAAGGAUCCUCUGGACGAAGAAGAUGAGGAUGACAUCUUCCUCUCGAAAGGCAGCCCCCCACCAAUGUUUAGGACGGAGGAAAAGAAGCAAGACAAAGGCAAAACAAAAACUGUUAGCCUGUUUGAUGAGGAUGAGGAAGACGAAUCAGAAUGGAGUGAUCCAAUAUUUCCAGCCAGUAAGCCCACAGCAGGAGAAACACUAAAGCCCACAGAGGAGCAACAGCAGAAAACGAGCACAGGGGUUUUCCAGGAUGAAGAGCUGCUGUUCAGUCAAACGCAGCAGAAGGACAAUGACCCUGAUGUUGAUCUCUUUGCAGUUGCAGCAAAAACUGAGAACUCUAAGGUCAGUGCGGUGAAACCAGUAGCACACAGUCUGUUUUCAGAUGAUGAAGAAGAUGACAUUUUCAAAUCUGUCAAGGCAACUCCUCCCCCUCCGAAAGUUGCCAAGAAACCAAGUAACCCUCUUGAUAAAGCACCACUUGCAAGCCCAGAUCCUGUUUCAGAGAUUCAGAAAUCAGCAACAAGCCAUGUAAAACCUAAAGAUCCCUCAUCAAGGAUUGGGAAACUUCAAGCUAAUUUGAUGAUCAACCCUGCUGCUUUGCUCCCUGGUGCUGUGUCCAGCAUGUCAGGGACUCUGAGCUCUUCGUCUGGGGUGUCCAGCUCCAGCCUGAGCCCCAGCCCCGUAUCAACCCCCAUAGGAGCACAUGAAGAAAGUGAAGGGGGGGUGAGCUUUGAUACACCAGUCCAGGUCACAACCCUCCAGAGUGCACACAAGGACCGUGCAAAAGGUUCGGCUCUCCGAAGACCCCAGUCCAGAGCGGCAAGGCAGCAGGCGGUUAAAAAGUCGAUGGGAGACAAGGUUCAGGGCAAAGGAGAUGAUUUUGGGCCAAGUCCGAGUGUUUCCAGCUUAUUCGUACCCACAUCUGACGAGUCCAGCAACAAACCCAUAAGCCCAACAUCACCUUACUCAUCUCAACUUUCAACCUCACCCAUGCCCUCACUUUCACAACAGUCUUCCUCUCAGACCUCCUCCAGGCCCUCGGAGCUGUCACUGCCAGUAUCGGCAAACUCAGGAAGUAAAGACUUCAGUAAAGACAGCAUCAGUACGAAGAAACAACUAUUGUUAGAAGACGAUGACCUCUUUGGUUCAGACAGUCUUUUUGGGCCUAAAGCGGUCCUUAACAAUCCCCCCCCUAAAGAUACCACCAAGGCCAGUGAUCAAAAGGCUGCUAGUGAGGCAGCACUGAAGAAAGAAAAAGAUCCCAGCAGUCUUCCAUCUAUUUUUGAUGACAACACAGAUGACCUGUUCAAAAAGGUUAAACCGCAGUCUGUGACAAAGAAAGUUAAGACAUCGCCUUUUAUGGAUGACGAUGAUGAUGAUGACGACGACAUAUUUGGACUUAACAGCAGUAGCACUACUACACCCAAAACUAAUAAGAAAAUCAAGAAUGGCAGUAGUACUUCAACACCAGACAUUUUUCAGGACGAAGCCACCAUUGUGCCUAAAGCUGACAAGAAGCUCAAAGAGAAAAGCAUUGACGCUACCUUGUUUGACAACACUGUGGAUAUUUUUGCUGACCUGACAGACACUUUUAAACCAAAACAAAAGUCCAAACUAAAGGGAGAGACCAAGUCCAUAUUUGAUGAUGACAUGGAUGACAUUUUUACAACAAGCACAGCAAAGCCGGUGCCGAAGGCCCCUGAUAAAUCAGAGAGAACUCCACCAGCCAAGGAGACCAGUACUGCAUCGGAUGCCAGCAACAUAUUUGAUGACCCUCUUAAUGCUUUGGGUGGGAACUAAUGUGUUGGAGUGGCCUGAAUUUGUAUGAUUUUGGAUUUUUCUGCCUCUUCAUUAGGCGAUCAAGAAAAGAUAUCUGACGCACUGUUGAUAGUAUAUUUAUUGCUAUAAUAUCAUAUCAGUAUGUGGCUUAUUCGUGUCUGAUACAGACUAUAAUUAAUAUGAUUCCAUUCAUCUUUCAGCAGUUUGCAAAAUUAUCCUGGCAUCAUUGGUAAUAUAACUGCUUAGUCUUUAUAAUACAUUAUAGCACUUUAUAAGCAUACAUUAUGCUUAGUCUCAAGGCCUGCAGAAAUUAAGUUUUUGUUUAAUUUGAGUUUUGAGAUGUCAUGUCUUUAGUUUUGUGCCAUAUCAUUCAUAAUGUCUUAGUCAUUUUUGAAAAUGUUUUUAAGAAUUUCAUCCAUUUCCUAACUUUGACGAUGAUAAAGACGAUGAUUUUUUUUAAUGACU